CUUUUUUUUUUGGCUGAAUUGAGGAAAGAAGGAGAGGAAGAUCGAAAGUGUUUGUUUUGUUUUGGGUAUUUUUGGAUAUUUCCGACUUCUGGAUUAUCCGGAAUCAAAAGGAAAUGGAGAGGGCGGUAACCUGAAAUUGGGAAGUUGGGGGCUGUUUCUUCUGAUGCUGAAAGAAACAUCUUUGGGUGUUGGGAAUGAGGAAUGAUGGCCAGAAAUCGAAGGGUGUAGUUCCGAGGUCAGGGCGGAGCACUGGGUUUAUUCCGAGCUCUUUCCGCACCAUCUCGAGUUACUGGAGGAUUGUGUCCUCGGGAGCCUCGACUGCUGCUUCCACAGUUCGAUCAGCUGGUGCUUCGGUUGCGUCUUCAAUUGUGGAUAGAGAUGGCGAUGCCAACCGUGAUCAGGUGCAGUGGGCUGGAUUUGACAAGAUAGAAUGUGAUGGUGGCAUCAUCCGUCAAGUUCUCUUGUUGGGUUAUCGAUCUGGUUUCCAGGUUUGGGAUGUUGAGGAAGCUAAUAAUGUGCAUGAGCUAGUAUCCAGGCAUGAUGGACCUGUUUCUUUUUUGCAAUUGCAACCAAAUCCAAUUGCAUCAAAGAAAUCAGAAGACAAGUUUGUUGAUGUCCGUCCAUUGCUGGUUGUUGCUGGAGCUGGAUCCCUUUCUGGAGGUGGUAAUAACCAGAAUGGUUUGGCCUACCACUGCAAUGGAAAUAGAAAUAUUAAUAAUUUCCAUGAAUCUGGAACUGGAAACUCUGUUCCCACAGUUGUUCAGUUUUAUUCCUUGAGAUCUCAAUCUUAUGUACAUAUUCUGAAGUUCAGAUCCGCUGUUUACUCAGUAAGGUGCAGUCCUCGAGUUGUGGCUAUUUCUCAGGCAGCUCAGAUACACUGUUUUGAUGCUGUAACAUUGGAGAGAGAAUAUACUAUUGUUACGUGUCCAAUAGUUUCAAGUAGUAUUGGCUAUGGACCACUUGCAGUGGGUCCCAGAUGGUUGGCUUAUAGUGGAAGUCCUGUUGUAGUUUCAAAUACAGGUCGUGUCAGUCCACAAGAUCUUACACCUGCUGCAAGUAUUUCUGGUUCUUCAAAUAGUGGCCUUGUCGCACAUUACGUAAAAGAAUCGAGCAAGCAACUUGCUUCUGGUAUAGUAACCCUUGGAGAUAUGGGCUAUAAGAAACUCUCAAGGUACUACUCUGAACUUCUACCUGAUUGCAAUAAUUCUCUGAGACCUGGAAGUCCGGGCAGGAAAAACAACGGCACUGUCAACGGCCAUUUGCUAGAUGCAGAUAAUGUUGGAAUGGUAAUUGUGCGGGACAUUGUCUCUAAAUCAGUUAUUACUCAGUUUAGAGCACAUAGGAGUCCUAUUUCUGCGUUAUGCUUUGAUCCCAGUGGAACCUUGUUGGUGACUGCUUCAGUUCAAGGGCACAACAUCAAUGUUUUCCAAAUAAUGCUCCCAAUUGCAGGAAAUUCAUCUGGAUCUUAUGCUGGUGGGUCUCAUGUGCAUCUUUACCGGCUGCAACGGGGAUUGACAAAUGCGGUUAUACAGGACAUCAGUUUCAGUGAGGACAGCCAGUGGAUUAUGAUAAGUUCCUCAAGGGGAACGAGUCACUUGUUUGCAAUAUCUCCUUCAGGAGGAUCUGUAAACAUUCAACCUACUGGUUCUGGACUUACGAGUGGUGACACUGGGCUGGGUGUGAUGGCUAAGACUGCAGUUCGUUGGGCACCAAAUGCAAGUUCGUCAAAGCUCAAUCAACAGAGCUUCUGUGCAUCUGGUCCCCCUGUUACAUUGUCAGUUGUUAGCAGAAUAAAGAAUGGGAAUAAUGGGUGGAGGGGCACUGUAAGUGGUGCUGCAGCAGUUGCGACUGGCAGGGUCAGUUCCCUUUCUGGGGCUAUUGCUUCUGCCUUCCACAACUGCAAAGGAAAUUAUUUGUAUGUAGACAACAGCUCAUUGAGUGCAAAGUACCAUCUUCUGGUGUUCUCUCCUUCGGGUUGUGUGAUACAAUAUGUGUUGCAUCUAUCUAAUGUACCAGAAUCUGGGACCGUUGUGUCAAGGUUGAGCACUAGUUGUGAAACAUCUCCAGACAGUGAUGCAAGGUUGGUCGUGGAAGCACUCCAGAAGUGGGAUAUAUGUCAGAGACAAACUCGAAGAGAUCGAGAAGAUAAUCUUGACAUUUAUGGUGAACUGGUUAAUGGUGAUAGCAGUAAAAUUUUCCCCGAGGGAAUAAAAAAGAUAGAUCCUAUUUAUCUUUCUGAUGGGCAUGCACUUACAAAAGUGAGAAUAAAUGCCGAGGAAAGAAAUUAUUUGUAUAUCUCAGAAGCUGAAUUGCAGAUGCAUCGAGCUUGGAUCCCAUUGUGGACAAAAUCUGAGACAUACUUUCAGCUAAUGGUGAUGGAUGGCAUGAAGACAGUAGGGGAAAAUGCCUCAGGAGGGGAAAUUGAGAUUGAAAGGAUCCCAACUCGCAUGAUUGAAGCAAGAUCAAAAGAUUUUGUUCCGGUGUUUGACUAUCUUCAGACUCCAAAAAUUCAACAGACAAGGGUGCCAGCUUUAGAUAGCAAUCAGAACUGUUCACUUCAUCGAAGGUCUGGGCUGUCUGAAGAUGGGAGGCUUUCAUGCAGAAGCAGCUGUAGCUCUCUUGACCGUAUGUCUGAAGUUGGCGCUGUGGUGGGGGAACCUUACAAUGGCAUUGAAGAAAAUGGUUGGGGUGGUCUUCAAACUUCGUCGGAAUCAACUGAGGGCUUUGUAAAUAACAAUGCCAGCCUCAAGAUGAAGACUCUGCUUGAGUAAAUAACACAGAGAGCCCAAAUACGAAGACUGACCUAAGAGUUUGUAAAUAACAACAAAGAGAGACUGAAGAUGGAGAACCACUAAGAGUAGAGCGGCAGAUUUGGCUAAAGGAAGUCAUGGUUGGACUUUUACAAAGUGUUUCAUCUUCAUCAGGUGUGAAACUAUUCUUUCGUAUUCUCCUAUGAGGUUUAUUAACUAGUGUUAAUAUUUGUGGGUGAAAAUGUAUUGAAGACGGGAGCAAGGAUUGACUGCCAGGGAACUGUGGAUAUUGUGGGUUGGUAGUCCAUUAUGUUUACAUUGUAAAUAACAGAUUCUUGAAUAUAUUUUUCAAUAAUCAGUUGUAAUAAUAUGUAAAUAACAGCAGCAUGAUAAA